AUGAGUGAUCAAAUCUUUGAUGAUAAUUCAACUUUUAUUUCUACUGAAAUGGGCAUCAAACUUAGUAAAUCCAAAAUCAAGAAAAAAUCUCAACAAGAACUCCCCCACAAAACUAGAGAAGAAUUUCGCAUUGAAGAAGGGAGAAGGUUUCAUAAUGUUGAAACCUUAAAAUACUUCUUACCAAAUGAUGACGAGGAACUUGAUCGCUUACAUUUGCAACAUUAUAUGUGGAGAUAUCUUUGGCAAAGCAAUUUUAGCGCCCCUGUUGAUGAUUUGUUACAAAUGGAGGAAACCAAAGUUCUUGAUAUAGGUUGCGGCGCUGGAUCUUGGCUUUUUGAAUUAGCCACGGAAUUUCCUUUGCCAGUUUUCACUGGUACUGAUAUCUCACCUGUAAUUCCGACGACAAUAAAACCUCGUAAUAUUAAUUUCAUCAAGGGAAAUAUUUUGGAUGGACUUCCAUUCGAAGACAAUUCGAUUGAUUUUGUACAUCAACGUCUCUUACUUGGUGCGUAUCCUCUUGAUAAAUGGCAAGGAGUAGUCAACGAGCUGGUGAGGGUGCUGAAGCCCGGUGGAUACUUGGAGCUUAUGGAAGCUGACGCAGAAUUGAAACCACUUGGUCCAAACGCUAAGCGUUUAAGCGAUGCCUUGUUGGCAUUGAUGGCUGAGAAAGGACAGGACCCACAUAUCCUUCUAAAGUUACAAUCAUUUAUGGAAGAAAAUGGACAACUUGAAGAAAUCGUUAAAGGGGAAAAAUUCGGUCCUUAUGGUAAAAGCUCUGGUCGACUUGGACAAAUCGGUGUCGAGAAUCAUACGGCUUUUUUCACCAAUAUUAAACCUCCAUUAAUGAAGGCUAUGAAUAUUCCUUCAGAAGAAUAUGAUGAAUUAGUUAAAGCGAUGGCAAGAGAGCUGGUCGAAUAUGAAACUAUGAUUCAUACAGUUCGUGUUUACGGUC